UCCUCCAUUGCUGAGACCUGGCAUGGAGCACAUGAGACUCAGGAGAAGGAGGAAAGCCCAACUUCCAUAACAAUUUCAAGAAGGAGAAGAGCCAAAGGGCAGAGGAAGCAAGAGGAGUGGAAGGAGCCCGGCGCCCGCGCCCCAGACCUCGCUAAUUUCCUAAUGUAAAACUUACCACGAAGGACUAUGGAGGUGCUGCAAUGUGAUGGUUGUGAUUUUCGAGCACCAUCCUAUGAAGAUCUGAAAGCUCACAUUCAGGAUGUUCAUACCGCGUUUCUGCAGCCCACGGACGUUUCCGAGGAAACUCCAAGCCAGUCAAGGUUUAGUUCUAUGGAUGGUGGAGACCAGGCUGAGGUGGAAUAUUCUUCUGUUAAAGAUGAAUUCGCAAUUACAGAUGAGAUGGCAGGACAAAACGCAGCUCAGCUGGGGACUGGAAGUUACUAUAGCCAUAGCCAGAGUUAUUAUGGCCAGCAUAUGCUCUCUAAACCGGCAAACAAGUUUUUCCAGUGCAAAUUCUGUGUGCGUUACUUCAGAUCCAAAAACCUCCUCAUAGAACAUACACGGAAAGUGCAUGGAGCUCAGGCUGGAGGAGGAUCGCCGGUUGGAUCGCCAGGCGCCGGAUCCUUAAAUUACAACAUCAUGAUGCACGAGGGCUUUGGUAAGGUUUUUUCUUGCCAGUUCUGCACCUACAAAUCUCCAAGGCGUGCAAGGAUUAUUAAACACCAGAAAAUGUACCACAAAAACAGCCUGAAAGAGAGCUCUGCUCCCCCUGCUGCUGCAGCCGCUAUAUCAGAAUCAGCAUCGACAUCUGUGCCAGUGCAGGACCCUUGCAAGGAACUUCCAGCCGAAGUUGUAGAACGCAGCAUCUUGGAGUCUAUGGUCAAGCCUUUAACCAAGUCAAGGGGCAACUUUUGUUGCGAAUGGUGUAGUUAUCAGACGCCUCGGAGGGAACGCUGGUGCGACCAUAUGAUGAAGAAGCAUCGCAGCAUGGUGAAAAUAUUGUCCAGCCUGAGGCAGCAACAGGAUGGGACCAGUAUGCAAGAUAUAUCGAGCAAGGGUCCACCAAGCCCCAACCAGAAUUCCAACUAUAUCCCUAUGAAUGCUUCUGGACGGGAGAUGCCAAAUGCGAACGUCUCAAACUUCAGGAGCUCUAUGAAUAACUCCCUUGUCAGGUCCAACUCUUCUGCUUCUUCAAAGUUUUCUUCUCUUUCUUAUCCUCAUAUGAAACAUAAGGCACCUCACAACUCGGGCAUUGUUAGUAUGUGUGACAGAUCUCGUUACGGGAUUGCUGACAUGGCGAAUUCUUCUGUUGAUAUGGAUACGAACAGUAUACUCAAUGACUCAAGUUCUGAUGACGAGCUGAAUGAACUAGACAGCGAGAAUGGGUUGAACUCCAUGGAUCACCAGGCUUCUGGACUAACUGCGGAGCAACUGAUGGGAUCUGAGGGCCACAAGUUAUUAGAAACAAAAGGGAUCCCAUUUCGGAGGUUUAUGAACAGAUUCCAGUGUCCUUUCUGUCCUUUCCUCACCAUGCAUCGGCGGAGCAUUUCCCGCCAUAUUGAAAACAUCCAUCUCUCUGGAAAGACAGCAGUAUACAAAUGUGAUGAAUGUCCUUUUACUUGUAAGAGCUCGUUCAAACUUGGAGCUCAUAAACAGUGUCAUACAGGUGUAGCAUCAGACUGGGAUGCCGUGAAUUCCCAAACUGAGAGCAUAGCCUCUUCUUUGAAUGAAAGCACAGUAUCCUAUGAAGGAGGCAAUAUAAACGGCAGGAAGUCUGGGGGGAUGAUGGAUUCCUUGCAGCAACAGCAACAGUCUCCACAAUCCAACUCACAACAUCCCUAUAAAUGUACCAUGUGCAAUUAUUCUACGACUACUUUGAAAGGUCUUCGGGUUCAUCAGCAACACAAGCAUUCGUUUUGUGACAACUUGCCAAAAUACGAGGGGCCAUCGUCAAACACACCACAAGACAGUGAACCCGAUACUCAUGCCUCUCCCAGCACUGUGAAGAAAAGCCAGACCUCAAUUCUUGGACUGUCUUCUAAAAACAACUUUGUUGCUAAAGCUUCUAGAAAGAUGUCCAAUGACUUUCCUCUAGACCUGUCACCAGUGAAGAAGAGAACAAGGAUUGAUGAGAUAGCUAGUAACCUGCAAAGCAAAAUCAGUCAAAACAAGCAACAAGAAGAUUCGGUGAUUAAUGUAGAGGAUGACGAGGAGGAAGAGGAAGAUAAUGAAGUGGAGAUAGAGGUAGAGCUGGACAAGGAAGAAGAACAAGCAGAGCAAUUGAUGGAAAUUGCAUCAUUUACUUCACAACAAAUGUGGGGAAGAGAAGCUGGUGAAUCUCAGAAAGAACCCAGUUACAGAAACAUCUCACAUGAUUACAACUCAACAAAUGGUGCAGAAAUUGAGUUAACUAUAUCUGAGGAUGAGGAAGAGUAUUAUUGUUCUGCAGUUGGCUUGAAGGACCAAGGACUGAAUUCGUCGGUUUUGGGCAGCCAGUCGAGCAUGUAUGGAUCUGAUCAUAACAAUGACAAUUCUGACUAUGGCGAUUCUGGAAGGCUUUAUUAUUGUAAACACUGUGACUUUAGCAACAAAUCCGCCAGGAGUGUUAGCACGCAUUACCAGCGAAUGCAUCCGUACAUUAAAUUUAGCUUUAGGUAUAUCUUAGAUCCCAAUGACCACAGUGCAGUGUACAGAUGUCUUGAAUGUUACAUUGAUUAUACAAACUUUGAAGACUUGCAGCAACAUUACGGCGAGCAUCAUCCGGAAGCCAUGAAUGUACUCAACUUUGACCACUCGGAUCUUAUCUACCGAUGUCGCUUCUGCUCUUACACCAGCCCCAAUGUUAGGAGCCUAAUGCCGCAUUACCAAAGAAUGCACCCGACAGUUAAAAUUAACAAUGCAAUGAUCUUCUCAAGCUAUGUGGUUGAGCAGCAAGAAGGGUUAGGCUCAGAGUCGCAAACUCUGAGAGAAAUCUUAAAUUCUGCCCCCAAAAGUCUGGCCACUUCCACUCCAGUUGCGCGCGGGACUAGCAUGCCCACUGCCUUUAGCAAAAACGCUUCAAAAGGCAAUAGUCCUGAAUCCGAUAGCCAGAAAGACUCCUCUGUGAAUAGUGUUGUGGUUUACGAUUGUGACGUUUGCUCGUUUGCAAGUCCUAAUAUGCAUUCUGUCUUGGUACAUUACCAGAAAAAACACCCUGAAGAGAAGGCUUCGUAUUUCAGGAUUCAGAAAACAAUGCGGGUUGUCUCUGUCGAGAGGGGCUCAGCUCUGGCUCAGAUGGCUUAUGAAAUGGGAUCGCCUGUUUCCCCCAAAAUGUCCAGCAUGCCUUCUCAACUGCCCCCUCCACCACCUCCAGAUCUUACGACUGAGCUUUACUACUGCAAACACUGCUCUUACAGCAACCGGUCAGUGGUUGGAGUGCUGGUGCAUUACCAGAAGAGGCAUCCAGAGAUUAAGGUGACCGCCAAAUACAUUCGGCAAGCACCUCCCACUGCAGCCAUGAUGAGAGCUGGGGAUAUGCCUCCUGGUAUUCAUCGGCCGCCUGGAUCUAUGCAACAGCUUAACAGGGGCAAUGCUGAGAGUGCUGUAGCUCCUUUGGAGAAUGAAAUGUUCUUUUGCCAGCACUGUGAUUAUGGAAACCGGACGGUGAAAGGCGUGCUCAUACAUUACCAAAAGAAGCAUCGCGAUUUCAAAGCCAACGCGGACGUGAUUAGGCAGCACACUGCCACAAUCAGAAGCCUUUGUGAUCGUGGCCAGAAAAAUUCCGUUGGCGGCAUGCAGAUUCACAGCUCGAAUGCCGAACGCGAAAAGACGAAGCUGAGAGCUCUCAAAUGCAGGCAGUGUUCUUAUACCUCUCCCUAUUUCUAUGCCUUGCGGAAGCAUAUUAAAAAGGACCACCCAAGCCUGAAAGCCACAGUCACUUCUAUUUUGCGAUGGGCGUUUUUGGACGGCUUAAUAGAAGCGGGAUAUCACUGUGAAUGGUGUAUCUAUUCUCAUGCUGAGCCCAGUGGCUUGCUUGUGCAUUACCAAAGGCGGCAUCCCGAGCAUUACGUUGACUAUACAUAUAUGGCAACAAAGCUCUGGGCAGGACCAGAUCCUUCGCCUCCAGCCUUACUGAUACCAUCGGAGAUGAAAACAUAUAAAUGCAGAGACUGUAUUUUUGAAGCUUCUUCCAUUUGGGACAUUACCAAUCACUACCAAGCUUUUCAUCCGUGGGCUAUGAAUGGGGAUGAAUCGGUGUUGCUAGAUAUCAUAAAGGAGAAAGAUGCUGCUGAGAAAGCCAACCCAGCUCCCAAUGAUACCGGGGCCAGGAUAAAUUCUGAAGACCAGAUAGCAGCAUCAGCACCACAGGAUCAGGAUACAGAGUACGUUGAGGACACACACCUUUCUCAAGACAAAGCGAUCCAGCUCACAUCUGUAAACCCUGCGAUAUCUUCAACGCCCUACCAGUGCACAGUGUGCCAGUCAGAGUACAACAAUUUGCACGGCCUUCUGACCCAUUACGGCAAAAAACAUCCUGGGAUGAAAGUGAAAGCUGCGGAUUUUGCACAGGACAUCGACAUCAACCCGGGAGCCGUGUAUAAAUGCAGGCAUUGUCCAUAUAUAAAUACACGCAUCCAUGGCGUUCUCACACACUACCAGAAACGUCACCCUUCAGUAAAGGUCACUGCAGAAGAUUUUGUGCAUGAUGUCGAACAGCCGACAGACAUGACCCAGAACGAUGUGGAGGAGACGAGCAGGAUUUUCAAGCAAGGCUAUGGCGCUUACAGGUGUAAAUUGUGUCCUUACACGCAUGGUACUUUAGAGAAACUCAAAAUUCAUUACGAAAAAUAUCACAACCAGCCCGAAUUUGAUGUGUUUGCACAGUCUCCUCCUAAGCUACCUGCCACCAUAGAGCCUGAUGUAGCCCCUGAAAUUAAGCCUUCUCCCGAAAUUGUCCACGAGGAAGUGAUCGGAGAUGAUUCGGUGCCACCUCCUCACUUCUCAAGUUCCCAUUUGGUUUCUCACACUGUGUUCCGAUGCCAGCUCUGCAAGUAUUUCUGCUCCACUAGGAAAGGGAUAGCAAGGCACUACCGUAUCAAACACAACAAUGUGCGGGCACAGCCAGAAGGCAAGAACAACCUCUUCAAAUGUGCUUUGUGUUCCUACACCAACCCUAUCCGUAAAGGUUUGGCGGCACAUUACCAGAAGCGCCACGAUAUUGACGCUUAUUAUACGCAUUGCUUGGCGGCCUCAAGGACUGUCAGCGAUAAACCCAACAAAGUGAUCAUCCCAUCUCCCCCCAAAGAAGAUUCCCCUCAACUAAGCGAGGAGCUGAGAAGGGCAGUGGAGAAGAAGAAAUGUUCCCUUUGCUCGUUCCAGUCUUUCAGUAAAAAGGGAAUUGUGUCCCACUAUAUGAAACGCCACCCUGGUGUCUUCCCUAAGAAACAGCAUGCGAGCAAGCUGGGGGGGUAUUUCACAGCCGUGUAUGCUGAUGAGUAUGAAAAACAGCAAGACCCCCUACCAGAGGAGAGGACUGAUUUCGAGAAACCUGAAGUUGAGGUUGAGGGUCAGGAAAUGGAGUGGCUCCCUUUCCGCUGCGUCAAGUGUUUCAAACUCUCCUUCAGCACAGCCGAGCUGCUGUGUAUGCAUUACACUGACCAUCACAGCAAGGACUUGAAGAGAGACUUUAUCAUACUGGGAAGCGGCGUUCGCUUCCAGAGCCCCACUUUCCAGUGCAAGCAUUGUGACAGCAAGCUGCAGAGCACGGCGGAACUGACCGCACACUUGAACAGCCACAACGAAGAAUUCCAGAAGCGUGCCAAACGUCAAGAGAGGAGGAAACAGCUUCUGAGCAAGCAAAAAUAUACAGAUGGUGCAUUGAUAGAUUUCAAACAAGAGAGGCCAUUUGGUAGCUUGGAAGAAGUUUCAAAGCUUAAAGAGAGAAAGGUUGUGGGAUACAAAUGUAAAUUUUGUGUGGAAGUUCAUCCAACUCUUCGAGCCAUUUGCAACCAUCUCCGUAAGCACGUCCAGUAUGGGAAUGGCUCCUCAGUAUCUGCUGCAGUCAAGCAGGAAGCUGAAGAUCCUUCCCAUGCAGCUUUCUUGGAGGGUAUUGAGGGAUCCAAAGACCCUGGCAAUGUUGCCGCUGUGGAACUUGCCGACGCUGAAUCCAGACCAUCACUGGAAGAUGAAACCAGACCUGGUGGCUACCACUGCAGCCAGUGUGACCGGGUUUUGAUGUCUAUGCAGGGUCUACGAUCGCACGAGAGAAGUCACUUGGCAUUGGCCAUGUUUACUCGUGAAGACAAGUACAGCUGCCAGUAUUGUUCCUUUGUCUCUGCUUUCAGGCACAAUUUGGAUCGCCACAUGCAGGCUCACCACGGACAUCAUAAGCCAUUCCGCUGCAAGCUUUGCCCUUUCAAGUCCUCCUACAACAGCCGGCUGAAAACUCACCUCCUCAAAGCACAUGCUGGUCUGUAUAUGUCAAGGAUUAGAAGUCUAGCAGGUGGUUUCGUGUCGAGGGAAAUGGCCCCCUUACAAGACAAUGAUACUGAAGACUCUGGUGAACAUGCCUACAAAUGCUCCUCCUGCUCAUUUUCCACCAUGACAGUCAGCCUGCUGAAAGAGCACUCCCUGAAAGUGCACGGGAAGGCACUGACACUACCAAGACCACGCCUUGCCAGCCAUGUAACCUCGCAUGCUCAACAUGCCUCCAAGAACCACACUACUGCUGAAGAAGUGGAAGACUCUAAUGGCUGUUCAUUUUCUCCUGUUGCAUGUGGCCAGGAUCCAAGAGCCAAGUUUGGACGAGUGGACUUAGACCAUGAAGAUUCUUCCUAUUCGGAGCCUCCGGAUGUUCAACAGCAAUUGAACCACUACCAGUCGGCAGCUCUGGCAAGGAACAAUAACAAUAUUAGCCCCGUCCCGCUUUCCGGAACAGACCAGAAAGCUGAAGCUGUCCUUAACUGUGAAUUUUGUGAAUUCUCUUCGGGUUAUAUUCAGAGUAUUCGGCGUCAUUAUCGUGACAAACACGGAGGAAAGAAGCUUUUUAAAUGUAAAGAUUGUUCCUUUUAUACAGGCUUUAAAUCCGCUUUUACUAUGCAUGUUGAAGCUGGACAUUCUGCAGUUCCUGAAGAAGGACCCAAAGAUCUACGCUGUCCUCUCUGUCUGUACCACACCAAAUAUAAACGGAACAUGAUUGAUCAUAUCGUCCUUCAUAGAGAAGAACGAGUGGUUCCCAUAGAAGUGUGCCGUUCCAAGCUGUCCAAAUAUUUGCAGGGAAUUGUUUUCCGCUGUGACAAGUGUACCUUCACCUGUUCCAGUGACGAGAGCUUACAGCAGCACAUAGAGAAGCACAAUGAGCUAAGACCUUACAAAUGCCAACUCUGCUAUUACGAGACCAAGCACACAGAAGAGCUGGAUGCUCAUCUUCGAGAUGAGCAUAAGGUGAGUCGCAACUUUGAGCUGGUUGGACGGGUUAACUUAGAUCAGUUGGAACAAAUGAAGGAAAAAGAGGAGAGUUCCAGCAGUGAUGAGGAAGAAAAAGAAGAGGAGAUGAGUCCCAAGACUGAAGAAAGAGAGUCCAUGAGAUUCUCCGAGAAUGGACCUCCAGAAAAACGUUUCCCGUGUGAAUUUUGUGGUCGAUCUUUCGCAGAAGGUUCUGAAUGGGAGAGGCACGUACUGAGGCAUGGCAUGGCCUUGAAUGAAACCAAGCAAGUGAUUGCCGAAGAUGGCCAGUUGAAAGAAAGCGCAGAGGAUAAUGUUAAGGUACCGUUGGCAGAAGAGAUGGAAAGCAGCACGAAAAUAGUGGUGGACUUUUCCCACAAGAAUGAAACUGCUGUCUGUAUUGUCGCUGCUGCUGAUAAAUCACUCCAAGAGAAUGCAGAGGCCAAAAGUGAAUGAACACCUGGUGUGAUUUCAAACAACCUACUUGAACAGUGAUCGAUGGGAGAGGGUAGGGAGGGGGACAAGGAAGAAUCAAAGCUGCUUUUAGGACUGAAUGAUCUAUUUUCAAAGCACUGGUACCUGUAUGUGUGUGCGUGCGUGUGUGUGUGUGCGUGUGUACAUAUAUUAAACUUAUUUAAGUGAGGACGAUGAAAAUACGUGACUCCAUCACAUCACUGCGGCUCUUCUGGAUUUUGACAAUGGGAAGUUGCGUUCGUUUGAACUCGAGAAGCAAAUUCCCUGGUGUUCCUCGCAUUAACACCAAUGUGCUUUGCCAUGGAGACAUUGGAUUGUUUCAAGAAUGGAAGUGUCAUGAGGACGGAAGAGUGCAGGGGACAACUUUUCAGCGCCCAAAUUUGGGCGCUUUUUUUUCUAGUUUUAAUAUACAUAUUAUGCUUUUCCAGACUGAAUGACUGACCGACGCUUUAGAAAGAGAAGAAGAAAAACAAAAUAAAAACUGCUUUUUGCUUAAAACAGUCACCUGUUUCCUAGUACCUCAGAAUUAACCAAGGGAAAUUAAAAAAAAUACAAAUCUCUGCAUUUGUCAGUACUACCUGUUGUCAUUGUGGUUAAAUGUAGAGAGAGCGAGAGCGAGAGCGAGAGAGAGAGAGAGACUGCUGGGCCAGAUAAUGAAUGGAAAAGAAAUUUAAAAACCACAAAGUUUUAAAAGAAAGGAAAACAAAAUUGUGCUCAAAAUCCCUGUGGGGGUUUUAUUUCUUAAAAUACUGUGAUUUUUUUAAUUAUUUUAGUAAAAAAAAUUACAAAAAAGAGAGAGAAUUCCUAGAUACCUGUCUGUGAUGUGUCAUCUUUUAUUCCAGGUAAGCUGUUUGUUAGCAUUGGCUAUGAUUUUAGAGUUUCUUUUUUAAUAGAUUCAUGUGACUGACUCUGUGCCGUUUUUGUUUGGCCCCAUGUCUCCGUUCACUCAGCCUGAGGGAUAACGAAUACAGCACAACUAAGUUGUUUUUUUUUUCAUGUAAAGUUAUUUCCAUCACUCCCAGGAGAGUUGGGGUGGGGGGAAAGGAUUAUUUCUUGUGAAUAGAAUAUUUCUUUUUUUUAGUUUUAAACAUGUGGAAAUAGCAAAGAAGUAACUUUUUUAAGAAAAAGAAAAAAGAAAAAACCCAUUAAACUAAAGAACCAAACUUACAGCACAGCUAUGCAGGUUGUGGACCAAUCAAAUAGGUCCUCAUAAUCAUUCUGUUGCUUGUCAAAUUUAACAUCUCACACCGAUUAUUAUUUUGGUUUUUAUGAACGGUUGCCUUUUUUUUCCUUUUUGUACGUGGUGUAUCUUGUUUUGGUGCAGCGGGGGAGGGGUGGAGGGGAGGGAGUUGUUGAUAGGCGCGUCUCUUCUGCAAGCUUGAGGUGACCCAGUUCCAUACUCUUUGGAGCUCGCCGAAUCUCCUCUUUUGCAGAUUUCAAGAUGGGGAAUUAAGCUGUUUGUAUUGCCUCCCUUUAGCUCUUCGCAUGAGGGGGAACAGAGUAGCAUAAAUAGGAAUCUACACGCAUGGAAUCUGAGCUCACGGUUCCUUAUUCACGCAAAGAACAUUUUUUUGUGGAUACGUGUGAAUACGAAACGGAAGAGCCAGGCCCAUGGGUAAUGGUCUGAUUGUGAACAAAGGGGUUUCUUUCCAAACAAUUAGAAAGUACUUGACUGAAACCUAGUUUUAGAAAUGCAUGUGUCUUUUUGGGUUAGUUUUUUCUUUUUCAUGUUUUUUGUUUGGCUUUUUAAAAAAAAACUUCGAGGAUGUGGGGGAGGGGAGGGGGUGGGAGGCACGAAGCUGCUGAGAAGUCAGGUGUCCAACAGAACUUCUCGUCGAAUUGAUGGCAAGGAAGAGAGAAAAGAAAAUAAUACUGUUGCAUUUGUGGAAUAAGUGCUACUUGAAAAGCAUGGUGUUUUGAUUUUGAGGGUUCAUAUUUGGGGGGUGGGGUGGGGUUUUGCUUUUAUUUGAAGGGAGGGAAAGUCAUGUGGAGAACACAUUGGAAGGACAAGUAUAAAUACACAUUUUGUGUCUGUAUGUUUUUUUUUAAUUGGCCUCAUUUCAAAUGUAUUUAAACAGUUCCAUACCUGGAUUGGGUGUUUGUAAUGGUUACCAAAAACGAAAAAGAUGAAAAAAAAAUUGAAAUAAAUGAUUGUGACAUGCUUUUAUCACUACUUUAUUUUUCAAAUAACAUGUAAAUAUUGUAAUCCAUUGGACUUGUUUUUGUUUUGUUUUUUGCUAACCUGUUAAUAAAUAUAUGGGACCAUUAUCCUUUUUAACAAGCCUAGAAUGUCAUAUUUUUGUUGUGUUUUUUUUCUCCCAAAUGUAUACCUUGAUAUAUUGUGGAGACAUAUUUUAGAUGCAUUAUUAUGAUUCUUUUGGCUGUAAUGAUGACCUAGGAUUGAGAAUAACAUUUUUUUCAUUUGUUUAAUUUAUACAGAGGACUUUUUCAGAGUUUGACAGAAGGAAAUAAAUAGCAAAAUGAUAACCCACUGGCUCCAGAACUCAGUGUUUCCUAAUUAAAAUUAACUACUGCUCAGUGUUUGGUGGGUAAGGAGUGGAAGUUCUGAAAUGUUGCACUGAUAACCUUUUUUAAGGCAAAAAGAAAAUGAAUAAAGAAUUUUCAAA